AGAGGAAGGGAAUACCACAAAUCCAAGGAGCUCAGGGUCUGCUCCCUCACCACCAUGUGCACGUUACAGCAGCGCGGCAACCUUUUCCUCCUAACCCUAACCGGCGACAAUGAGCACCGACUGGGCCCUACUCUCGUCGACUCCAUCAGAUCCGCUCUUGCUCAGGUUAAAUCCCAAGCCACUCCUGGCUCUGCUCUCAUCACCACCGCCCACGGCAAGUUCUUCUCCAACGGCUUGGACCUCCCAUGGGCCCAAGCCGCCGGAUCCUCGGGCUUCCGAGACCGUCUCAACCACUUGGUCAACAACUUCAAGCUGAUCAUCGCUGAUUUGCUUUCACUCCCGAUGCCCACAAUAGCCGUCGUCUCCGGUCACGCCGCCGCCGCCGGAUUUAUGCUCGCUAUCAGCCACGACUACGUUCUCAUGAAGAACGACAGAAGCGUGCUGUAUAUGAGCGAGCUGGACAUUGGCCUGACCUUCGCCGACUACUUCAUGGCAAUGCUGAAGUCCAAGAUCAGCGAUCCGGCUGCAAGACGCGAUGUGAUGCUGAGAGCAAAAAAGGUGAAAGCGGAGGAGGCGGUGAGGAUGGGGAUUGUGGAUUCGGCGCACGACAGCGCGGAGAGCACGGUGGAGGCUGCGGUGCGCCUGGCGGAGCAGUUGAGCGGUCGUAAAUGGAACGGCGAGGUGUAUGCUGAGAUCAGAAAAGCGAUGCAUCCCGAAGUAUGUGGACUGCUGGGAUUGUCUCAUAGGGCAGUUGUGGCGCCACGGCUUUGAGAAGUAAUUUCCUUGCUAUGUUAUUAAACAAUUAUAUUAUAAAAAAAACUGUCAUAAAUUGAUCAGCACUCUUCCACCGGAAGAGUAUUCUGGCAUCACCACGCCUGGAAGGUUGUCACCAUGAUCAUUUGACAUCCGUGGCAUAUGUAUUGAUUGUUGAAUUGAUCAUUUUAUAAAUUCUAAUUGGUCAAA